AAAGCAGAGAGCUCCAGCUGCAGCACUCACACACUCCCACACACACACACACACACCAACACUCAGAGUAACACACAUCCUGUUGCUUUCGUGGAGUUACAUGGCGCCGUUUCUGACCUUCUGCGUUUUAAUAACUGCGUUUUGCACUACUGUAAUCUGGGUUGAAGCUGAUAAAGGAGAGCUGCGAACGCUCCAUCGACAGAAAAGAGAAUGGAUCAUCCCUCCGAAGGAGCUGUACGAGAAUACCGAGGAAUAUAUCAGAGAAGAAUUUAUUGCAAAAAUCCGAUCAGAUGAAGAGACCAGGACGGAUAUUGAAUAUUCUCUAAUAGGACCUGCAGCGGUCGAGGGAUUAUUCAGUGUAGGCACAAAGAAUGGCUACGUCAGGAUUCAUGGUACCUUGGACAGAGAGAAAACCGCUAGUUAUGAACUCAAAGGGAGAGCUACGCUAAAAGAUGGAUCACUUGCUGAAAGGGACCUCGAUUUGAAAAUCAUAGUUCUAGACCUGAAUGACUGCAUCCCUGUGUUUAAGGUUGAGGUGAUUGGUUCUGUCGACGAGCUCAGUGAUGAAGGCGCCCACGUAAUCGUAAUCACAGCCGUUGAUGGGGAUAAGGAAGGCACGCCACAUUCACAAAUUGCUUACAAAAUCAUACAGCAGGAGCCAGCUGGACAGGAGAUGUUCAAAAUCGAGCAAUCAUCUGGUGAAAUCAAAGUCAGAAUUAACACUCUGGACCGAGAGACACAAGAACAAUACAGACUGAUUAUCACAGGUACAGACAUGAACGGAGGCAUGACAAUGACAGAAACUAGAAACAAACCACUGACAGGAACAGGGACUGUGAGCAUCAACAUUCGUGAUGUUAAUGACAACAUCCCCGUAUUAGAGAAGAGCUAUUAUGAGGGCAGUGUAGAGGAGAACACCAUUUAUGUGGAAGCAAUCCGGAUUAAGGCCAUAGACAAGGAUAAGAUCCACACAGAAAAUUGGGAGGCUGUGUUCACCAUCAUCACAGGAAAUGAAGCGGGUUACUUCAACAUCACCACGGACUCUAAAACUAAUGAGGGCAUCCUGAUGGUCACUAAGGAGCUGGACUAUGAGAUGUUGAAAGAGGUCAAUCUGAUAGUGACAGUCAGGAACAAGGCAACUUAUCACAAGUCAGUGGUGAUUGACAAGGCCACAACAUAUCCCAUUAAGAUCAAAGUGGUGAACGUGCCCGAAGCCCCUCGUUUCCUCCCCAGUGUCAAAGUUAUCUCCAUCUCUGAAGACCACAAAACUAUUGACCUGAGGAAGGUCAUCACCAUCUACACAGCCACGGACAGUGAUACACUGUUAACCGCCACUAACGUCAGGUAUGUAAAAGGAGAUGAUAUUGACAACUGGGUGAGCAUUAAUGAGCACACAGCCGAGAUCAGACUCAACAGAUAUCCAGACCGCGAGUCCAAGUUCCUGAAAAAUGGAACAUACUACGUUAAAAUCUUAUGCAUCACCAAUGAAUUUUCACCCAAAACUGCGACAGGAACUCUUGCAAUUCAGGUGCAGGAUUUCAAUGACCACUGUCCGAUUCUGACCAGCUCAGUCCAAACGCUGUGUUACGGCAGCAGCGUAGUGUACGCCACAGCCAAGGAUGAGGAUAAAUACCCCAAUGCAGAACCUUUUGAAUUCAGAGUGGUUACCAAGGUCACAAAAGAGAACUGGAGAGUCGAGCGUCUCAAUGAAACAACAGUCAUUUUGCGCAACCAGGAGAUCCUGUGGCCGGGACACUACACAGUGGGAUUGGACGUGCAAGACCAGCAGGGAAAGUCCUGCGAGGUUCAAAAUCUUCAGGUAACUGUGUGCACAUGCAAUGAGCAGCAAGUGUGCCGACCUGACAGACGGAUCAGCAAUGGCAACGGACUGGGAGGAGGUGGAGUUCUGGCACUACUGCUAGGAAUCCUGCUUCUCUUGUUGAUUCCAGUGCUUUUGCUGUUGUGUGAGUGUGGAGGAGCUGCAGCUGUUGGUCAAUUCCAGGCCUUUCCCUUCGAACAAAAACAGCAACUCAUCACCUAUCACACUGAAGGUCAAGGAGAGGAUAAGGGACUAGCACUACUGUCUCAGGUGCCCGUGAAUGUAGAUGGUGGAAGCAACGGGAAAUUCAAACCUGGAUUGGGAACACGUGAAGAGUGGAGGAAAUAUGGAUGGGAAUCUCGAGAAGAUUACAUAAAUCACCGGUGGAAAGAUUAUAUUGAUAAACAGGAAACUGUAAUUGGAGGACAUCCUGAACUUUAUACAACGAGCACCCUUGAUUACAUGGCUCUAUCUGAGUCCUACUUAGGCAACUACUAUGCAAAGAAAACGCUGGAUAUGGUGAAGCAGGAAGCUAGUACAAACCAGCUGAUGUUUUCUAACUAUGAAGUCUGCAACUCAGUCACAGGCUCCUUAGAGGACAUCUGCAGCCAUCUACAUGAGGAAAACAAUCUGGAUUUCCUCGAUGACCUCGGGCCUCAGUUCAAAAGGCUCGCCGAAAUUUGCUGUGGCUCGACCAUCGAAUUCGAGGUCAGCUCCACUACCAUGCCUCCCAAAACGGUCUCAUCCAUUUCACAAGAGGGUGUCAAAAUGGAAGAUGCUGUUGGUGGUGUCCACAGUGAGGCAACCUCCAUCUCUGCAUCCAGCUCCUCCUCCACCACCCAAAUCACAACUGCAAAUUAUGGAGAGAGUAUUAUCAGUGGAGGCGCCACAUCAGCUGCCACUGUAGGCCAAACUCUUCUAGUCCAGCAGCCAGCUCUCUACCUUUCCUCUACACCCAUGUACGUAGUGGAGCAACAGCAUCACCCCACCCUUCUUCUGGCUUCUGGUCCAAUGCUGGGUGUUCAGGAAAGCAACGUGGUGCUGGUGGAGAAAGGGGGUACCAACGUUGCAAUUGCUGCCCAGAACACCCUUCCCAGGCUAGGGUUGCAGCAAUCAAACACCAGAGUACUGGUGGAUCCAGGUAUUGGAGGCACAGUGGUGCAUGGGUUUCCAGGCCAACCUGAGACUCAGGGCACCAUUUCUGGUACCUAUCGGGUCGUAGAGAGCCGACGAGUUGAGAGCACAGAGCCUGUACAUGUCGUGCAGAGCUCCUCACACUCCAGCACCAGCAAAAAUCUGAGUAUGCAGGCCAAAGAGCAAAGUGGAGGGAUCAUGGCUUUAGGAAACGCAUCAGAUAUCCCAAGUGCCAUUUCAUUGUUGCAGCAAGACAUGCCUCAAUUUGAUGUGCCAAAUGGUGGCACUCACAAAGAGGUGCGAGAGGAAAGGGUUUCUGUUGUCGAGAAAAUUUUCCAGUCGAGCUCCAGCUCCUAAUGCAACUACAGACACACUCACACAUUCUACAUGCUACAUUCUACAGCUAUGACACAUAUGCCACAAACUGAAUUCCCAGAAGAGCAAGUUGGAGAACAACUAACAAAGAGAAAGGUGAAGACUUUUUGAAGAUCCAUUAAUGUAAUUCAUAGUGAUUGCCAUGAGUAGUUGACUAAUCAAAUACUGUUAUUCAGCCUCAAUUAGUAAAAUAUUACUAAUUACUAAGUCAUAUUUGAAUGGGAUUAGUGUUUCUGAAUACAGAGAACCUGAUUGGACCGUUUGCAAUUAUAUAUUUGGCAAUAUCUAGUGUUAGAUGUUCAAAUCAACUGCUCUUUCAUUUAUUACUGGAAAAAUAAAAUUUUCAUCACAUAAUGACGUGUAAAUAUAAAGCAAGUUUAUAGUACCUGUAGCUGUCAUUGCCACUUUAAUCAGCCUACAGGAUCGCUAAUUUGUUUGAAUUGUCUGAUUUUGCAAUUUCUCAUGGCAACAGGCAAAUUUGCCUGUAAAAUAACCAGUAAAAUUAUCAGACAAAUCCACAGUAUGUCAAAAAACAGUUGGUAAUUUGAUCUGUAAUGUCCUCUGGAGAAGAGAGAGAGCAUGAAAGCAGCACAGCUUUAACUUUUUAUGGUUUUUUGCAGUACGAAUGCAUAACACUACUAUUCUAUUAUAGUAUAACACUAAUGUUCUAUUAUUAGCAUAAAUUGGUGCUGCUAUGUAAAACAAAUAAUGUCAAGCUGUUUGUUAUAAAAUUUAAUCAGUACUGGGUAACUAAAUUGAUUGUAGUGGGCGUGUGUCUGAGUAUUCAGCUAGAAUGUCCAUCACUAAUAAUUAGCAGGAUAGGCUUUUUAGGAGUUUUUGAUAUACUGGUGUGCAUUUCAUGUAACAGAGAUGGGUUUCUCAACAAUAUAUGUAUCAUCAGUUUAUUUCUAUCUUCAGAUAGCAGAUAGUUGUUCUGGUUUCUCUGUUCAGUUGUCUUUUUUCCCAUUUCUAAGCCAGUAAUGGAAAUAGAGUGCACAACAUUUCCCUCAUAUUACUGUAUCUUCAUUAUGAAACCUUUCCACUGAUUUAAAAAUAAUUGCACACACAAAAAACACACACGCAAAUUACACAAGUGGCUAUUUUGAUUAUUUAUGCACUCCCUGAAUGACAGCACUGCAGUGCCACCUGCUGGAAUAAAACACUGGAAUUAAAAUGAUUUCCAUUUAGUGUCUAUAGGUGACUGACACUCUAAAUUGCACAAGGAUUGUAUGCUAUUGGUACAAGCAUUGGAUGAAUUUCUGCUGUACGAUUGAUUAAAAUCUUAAUUAAUAUGUUGGAACAAACUGGAAGCCAUCCUUAGUUUCUUCUUUUGGAUUCAGAGCCAGGUUUUCAAUACAAGACAGGAACUUCUGUAUUUUUUUUUUUAUUUUUUUUUUUUUGCAUAUGUUAUCUACUGAUGGGAAUAUCGUUUGUUCUGCUGUGGUUUUUAAACCCAUUAUGGCAGCAAGCUGUGAGAGUUGUUCCAGGCCACAACCCUGUCAGUCAUCUUCAUCUCUGUUUAUCAGCUGUCAGAUCAACUGGUCCCAGACCUGAAGAACCUGUGUGAUGCGGACAGAUUUGUGCAUACUUCUUGGACAUAUAGUAACAAAAGACGUGACAAUUUUGACUGUAUAAUUCAAUUAAAAAAAAAAAUAUAUAUAUAUAUAUAUAUAUAUAUAUAUAUAUAUAUAUACUGCUCAAAAAAAAUUAAAGGAACACUUUUUAAUCAGAGUAUAGCAUCAAGUCAGUUAAACUCCUAUGAUAUUGAUCUGGUCAGUUAAGUAGCAGAGGGGGUUGUUAAUCAGUUUCAGCUGCUUUGGUGUUAAUGAAAUUAACAACAGAUGCGCUAGAUGGGCAACAAUGAGACAACCCCCAAAACAGGAAUGGUUUUACAGGUGGAGGCCACAGACAUUUUUUUCCCUACUCAUCUUUUCUGACUGUUUUUCACUAGUUUUGCAUUUGGCUAGGGUCAGUGUCGCUACUGGUAGCAUGAGGCGAUACCUGGACCCUACAGAGGUUGCACAGACAGUCCAACUCCUCCAGGAUGGCACAUCAAUACGUGCCAUUGGCAGAAGGUUUGCUGUGUCUCCCAGCACAGUCUCAAGAGCAUGAAGGAGAUUCCAGGAGACAGGCAGUCACUCUAGGAGAGCUGGACAGGGCCUUAGGAGGUCCUUAACCCAUCAGCAGGACCGGUAUCUGCUCCUUUGUGCAAGGAGGAACAGGAUGAGGACUGCCAGACCUGCCUGUAACAUCGUUCAACAUGACCGGUUUGGUGGUGGGUCAGUGAUGGUCUGGGGAGGCAUAUCCAUGGAGGGACACACACACCUCUACAAGCUAGACAGUGGCACCCUGACUGCCAUUAGGUAUCGGGAUGAAAUCCUUGGACCCAUUGUCAGACCCUACGCUGGUGCAGUGGGUCCUGGGUUCCUCCUGGUGCACGACAAUGCGUGGAGUCAUGUGGCAAGGGUAUGCAGGCAGUUCAUGUAGGAUGAAGGAAUUGAUACCAUUGAAUGGCCCCCACUCUCGCCUGACCUAAAUCCAAUAGAACACCUCUGGGACAUUAUGUUUCGGUCCAUCCGACGCCGCCAGGUUGCACCUCAGACUGUCCAGGAGCUCAGUGAUGCCCUGGUCCAGAUCUGGGAGGAAAUACCCCAGGACACCAUCCGUCAUCUCAUUAGGAGCAUGCCCCGACGUGGGGGCCAUACAAACUACUGAGUACCAUUUUGAGUUGCUGCAGUGAAAUUUCAGCAAAAUGGACUAGCCUGCUGCGUCAUCUUUUCACUUUGAUUUUCGGGGUGUCUUUGAAUUCAGCCCUCUGUAGGUUGAUAAUUUUCAUUUCCAUCAAACGAUGUGGCAUCCUUUUGUUCCUAACACAUUACCCAGUCUAUAUCAGUAUAGAUAUCAGCAUGAUAUUUUUCCAAAUUGAGAUGUGAUGUGUUUUCAAAGUGUUCCUUUAAUUUUUUUGAGCAUUUUUUUUUAGUACACAAUUGUAUUGUAUAUAUUGCAUGAUAUGUUCUGUCUGACUGCUGUAGCCAAGAUUGAUGUAGUACUUCAGAGUAGAAGUGUGGCAGGUCUGUUUUUUGUUUUUAAAAAAAAUCCCACUCCCACCCAUUCCUGAAGGAGUUCUGACCAAUCCUGCUCAUUCCUGAAGGAUUUCUGAACAAUCCCGCCCAAUCCUUUAGAAAGUUUGAUUAAUCCUGCCCAUUCCUGAAGCAUUUUUGUACAAUCAUGCCAAUUCCUGAAGGAUUUCUCACAAUUCUGUCCACUCCUGCAGAAGGUUUGAACAAUCCUGCCUGUUUCUGAAGGAAUUCUCUCAAACCUUGCCCUCUCCUACAAUGCAAUAAGUAAAAAUCUCUUGCCAAUUUUUGCUCAGUUCCUGACACACACCUCUACUUUAAAGUGUUGUUGCUGUUCUCUAUGGUGAAGGGCUGCGCUGUUUUAAAUGUAGAUCAUGAAACUUAGAGGUGCGCAAAAAGGGAUUUAUGUCAAGGUCACCAAUCUCUGUUGCCAGCAUUAACAUAUGAUCAUUAUUUUAACCAGUAAUUAUAAUGAUUUGCGAUGGAGGGGUUUUUUUUAGCAUAAGUAAAGAGUGCUUGAUUUGAAUAGCAUGUUUAAUUUUAACAUUUACUUAUUUUUAUUUUCAGAAACCCAUGAAGUAACCGUGAUUGUAAUAUCAAGAAUGAUUGGUUACCAAUAUGAACACUAAUAUGAAAAUGGGAUGCUGUUUUUUUUAAUCAUUGGUGUAGUUGAUUUAUGCUUUUUUAAAAACUUGAAAAAAUAAAUAAAUACACAAAUCAA